UUAGUAAUAAUUCCUAUGAUUCUUCAUCAAAUGGUCCUAUUAAUACAUCUUCCAUUUCACUUUCCCCCCUUUUUCUUAUUAAUGAUGUUGAUAUUUCUGCUACUGCUGAAGUAGAUGUUGUUACCAGAGUAGAUGCU